AUGUCGUCAAACAACUCUUCAUCUCCAACCGACGCCAAUGCCAAGGAAAAUGGAAUCAUGGUCACCGCAACAGCCUACCUCCGCAAACUCCAGCGCGAAACUCCGCCAGAAGAACUCAGAAAAAUGCUAGACAACAUGGCGAAAGAACGCCGAGCUUCUCCCGAGGAGCGAGUUCGCAGGAAAGAAGCCAGAGCCCGCUUGGUGGCAGCGCGGGAGAGAGUGGAAGCCCACCGCGAGGAGCGGAGGGCUCAAAGAGAGCGCGACUUUGAGGCAGGAAAUCAGGGGCCGAAUGAUACUUCGCGUCCUACGAUGGAAUCAACUGAAAGCCAGGCCGAGAGGACUGAGGAUAGGAUGCCUGAGACUGGUUUCUUUACUGGUUUCCGACUAUCGCAACAGCUGGGCCACGGAUAUGUAGCUUCGGGGUCUGGAGACUAUACUGUUCCGUUUGAGGCACUGGACGGAUAUAGCGAAUACUUGCCUCAGAGUGCUGCCCUGUAUGGAUCGGACUGGAUCCUUCCUUGGACGGACGUCCGCGAGGAUGACUAA